GUUAUACACUUAGGCCGUCAGUUAAUGCUUAGAUACAGUGUGAUGUUUAGCCAAUGGAUUGAUCUUCUAUUUACAUCCUUAGUUUGUAGUUGGAUUGAUGAUGUAGACCUGUGUACUGAUCUGAUGUGUAGUUAUUCCCAAUCAAUGACAAGGAACGUAGAGAAGGCGGGAAGACUAAAUGUCCAUAGAACAUGUCGUGUCUGGCAGACGACAGAAGAAAGUUAGACGACGGCUUGAAAGGGAGAGAAAUCAGGAAUACGAUUGUUGUGACUUUUUCUUUUACAAUCGUCUUCUCUGCCUUCAAUGCCCUGCAGAAUCUGCACAGCUCCGUCCACGAGGAGGACAGGCUGGGGCUCAUUAGCCUGGCGGUGUUAUACUUCACGUCCACCCUGACCAGCGUCUUCUCUCCAACCAUCAUCAGCCGAGUGGGCGCCCGGACUGUCAUGGUGGUCUACUUCUUCUGCCACUGUCUGUACGUGGCCGUCAACUUCUACCCAACUUUUGCUACCAUGUUACCAGCGGCGGCACUGGUGGGGUCACUGUUUGGUCCUGCCUGGACUGCGCAGAGCCUCUACAUCACAGUCAACGCCGACUCCUUCAGCAAGGGGAGAAAAACCUCGCCUUUCGUCAUCAUGAAGAGGUUCCAGUGGUGCUUCUUCGCUGGCCUUGCAUCUUCCCAGGUACUGGGAAACGCCGUAAGUGGCAUGGUCCUGCACCAGCAUCAUCUCGAAACCGAGACUAAUAGCUCUGAGGAUGGCGUCAUCAAAUCAUGUGGCGUCUACGACUGUCAUAAAUAUCAAAACUUGACGGAGUCAGAAGACCCACACGGUAAAGCUCUCACCGUAAUCAUGUCAGUGUACAUCAUCUGCACGGCGAUUGGAGUUGCUAUGGUCAUUUCCUUUUUGCCGCCAUUGCCUCGCCGUGAUUGGAUCACUACUGUCAGUGUCAAGGACAGCGUCGUUUCCUGCUGCAGUGUUUUGUUUACGUUGGAUACGCUGCUUUUGGUUCCUUUUGUCUUUUACACGGCAGUGCAGAACGCUUUCUUAAUAGGGACAUAUACGACGUCUUAUGUGUCUUGUCCGCUUGGAUUGUACAUGGUCGGCUAUGUUAUGGCGGCUUACGGAGUUACUACCCCAAUCCUGUCCAUAGCCAUUUACAAUCUUUCAAAGCUCAUCAAGUCAUUCAUAUGUCUCCUCCUGGCCAUGGGGGCCCACAUUACUCUCCUGGUCAUACUGUUCUUCUGGGCGCCGGAUGAAGAUAGCACGGUCCACAUCUUUGUGGUGCCCGUCGUUUGGGGCGCGUCUGAGUGUAUCAUUCUCACACAAGCCACAACCAUGAUAUCCAACCACAACAACAACAAUGCAGGUCACAAGUUCGCUAACUUCUACACGUGGCGUAGCCUGGGCUACUGUUUGGCCUUCCUCUGCGCCACCUAUUUAUGUGUGUCCAUUACAAUCGUACUCACCUUUAUCUGUGCAGUAGUGGCUUUGGUUCUCUAUGUGGUGGUCGAAUUUAAACAUUUGCUGACGAAGCGUGAAGUGUGCGUCUCAGAGAUAGAUGUAUCUGUGUCAUCCAGCAAUGACGAUGUUAAUGGCGUGGAUAGACAGAUUGACAUCCCUACUGUCAACUCACCUCUGAUGUCACUACAGGAACGAAGUGUGUUCGAUUACCCCGAGCUAAAUGACGUCAUCAAAGAAGCUCAGUCCAAUUGGCGCCGUGGUUCCAAUGGCCCCAGACUGGACAUUCAGAGGGCCAUGAGCCACAAGCACCUCCAAGACAGUCAAGCUAUGCGCCUCUACCACUCCCGGCACCUGGCCACGGUGGGCGACUCCCAGGGCAUAACCAGGUCAUUCUCUGACAGCCACGUUAAGAGCCUCCCUUCUCGACAGGGGGCGCCGUCAUCCUGCUCCAUCAGGGGCUCCAGCUCCAAAAGCUCUCGACUGUCCGAGCUGAAUAACUGCGAGGCCCAUUUCGAUCCCCUGCUGGAGGUUAGUGUUGCUGACAAUGUUGGAACUCAAGAAGACAUUGAAGACACUGUGGAAAAGAAGAUAUUUCACAUAGACUCUGACAGCGAGGCUGGUGAUUUGAUCAGCGACUUACAUUUAGAAAAUCGGCAUUAUCUCCGACACAUACUUGAUCCUUUGUGCAGCCGUCAGCAUCAUGAAACAAACUAUAAUGGCUUGUUAAACUUUGAACUACUCGUCGAGUCACCAAAGUAUUCCAACCAAUCAAACAAAGCCACACUUGAGAGUGGGAACCACGUGGAAUUAGCAACGAAUCAGCGAAACGGAGACAUGUGCUCGAAACAAAACAAAGCCUUCAUUCAAAGCGCCGUGCCAGCAGAUUGUGGUUACGUAAGUGAAGAAAAGGAUGUGAUUGGGUCCAACCAGGAAAGCGAUUCACUGUCAUCCCCGACGAGCCCGCCUAAAUAUCCUCAAAGGAGGUCACUCAAACGGCGGAGCAAAAGCUCGUUCAGGUCAAUCGCCUCAUCCAUCUCAGCGGCGAGUUUCAGAUUUUCCAAAAGCUUCCGGCAGAUCAGCAGAACCAGUAGCCACAGAAGUAGCAAAAGAUCAGGGGACAGCACCAGCAUGGACGCCGACAGCAAUGGCUUCGUGCCAGAAGAUAAUGACUCGGUGAUAGACGCAUUUAAACCAAAGAGAAAUAGGUCAAGGAAGACUGACCCAGAUGAAAAAGAUAGUAUCAGUAUAUACUAAAACAAAUGAUUUGUUAAUGUUGGUGACAUCACCAAAUAUGAAAUUGUUAACGCUGUAAAAUGUCUCUUUAAAAAAAUAUUUUUUGUAUGUGAAUGUCUUUCACUUAUGAGUCUCAAGAGGCCCAACUUUGGCAUACAAGACAAAAACUUGUAAUAUCCAGGAAUGUCUACCUCUAGACAUCCAUUUGUACAAUCUGUAUCAACAUAGACAAUUGCAUAGUGGAACAUUUCUACCGACUUCUAGUUCAAGUAUUUAAAAAAGGAAAACUAUUAUUGAGUGUGAUUUGUAUUUAUAUGUUUACACUAGAUAUAUGUAAUUAUAUACAUACCAGGUAUAUAAAAAGAAAGAGACGGGAGGGGAGAGGAGUGAGAAGAGAUUUUAUUCGAAACUAAUGUAGUCUGUUUAAAACUAUAAAAUAAUUAAAAACGGAACCAUCUCUUUCUAAACCUUAAUUUAAAAAAAAAAAUGCAGCUUUAAUUUGCUAAUGACAUUUCUGGAAACAUUCACGAUUUCUUUUCAUAUUCUUAUUGUGUAUCAAACUUGCAAAGUGGCAUAAUUAUCCCUCAUUAGUGACGUGUAAGAACUGGAUUGCAGAUGGACACAAUUAUAUGUCCAUUAAUGACGUUUCAAUUCAUGAGCAGUCAAAACUAUUAUGAACUUUAUACCCCCCCCCACCCCCCAAAAAAAUGUUUUAAAAAAAUAGCCGUUGUAAUAAGCUGUCCACAGCUGUUGCCUGCACAGCUCAAACUCUCGUUUUAUGUUAUACAUGUAUAAAGUGUUCUAUGGAUACAAAAGGAGGAGAUCAUUCUCAGUCUAAUACUCAUGUACAAAUAUUAUUGAUAAAUAAAAAUGUUCAAAUGAUAUAGA